AUGUGAUCGGGUUGCUUUCUAUUUACAGCAGUCGGUGGCUUCAUUUUCUACAGAGUACCUGCCACAGUCUCUUUUCUCUUUCAUGUCAGCGCUAAGCCAAAUUUCCACGGAAUCUUUUCACCCCCUUGUCUUCUUCUUUCAUAGAAGUUUUUGCAUAUGACGAUGAUUUUUGGAGGACUGAUGCUUCUCUGUGUGGGGGGUUUUGGGUGAAAGGAAGUCCUGGAUCUGAUUUCCCUCUACCCACUUCUUCUAAGGCCUCUGUUCCUCAUCUUCAUGGAGUGCAGGGGACCAAAGGAGAGCUUGUUGUGUUCUGAAAAGAGCAGUGAAGGAAAGGAGGGCAAACGUCCUUUAACAACAGAUGAUAAUGCAGAUGAAGUCCAAUCUUUUAUCAGCUUGGUGGACAGAAUCCAAGAAAUGGGUAAGCUCUAUAAAAGGAAAAGAAUGAAUUGCUCUCCUUCUGCAACAGGGAUGUCUUUGGACAGCCCUCUUAUCAAAGGUAAAUCUCCAUGGAAGCCAUCUUUUGAGUGGGAGGACUUCUCUGGAUUGGUGAGGAAAGAUGGGCCAUGCCCACCUAGGGAUGUGGCUUGUUGUACGAUCAACAGUGCAAGCACUCCUCUGGUGCCCCAAGAUUCAGAUACUGAUACUGAAACUGAAACUGGUAAGUAUAAGCAGUUGAAGAAUUUUGAUCUAAAUGUAGAGCCCAGCUCAGAUGACCCAGUUACUGCAGGUGCAUUGACCUUGUUUCGCUAGGAUUUUUAAUUUAGGUUGUCUUUACAGUCCAUGUUAAUAUGUUUGAAGGCUUCUAGAUAUAAUUGUGUUUAUCUUUUUAAAUGGCAUAAAGACGACACUCUCUGAUCCAUCGAAAAAAAAUGUAUAUUUUUAUGUAUUACUUCUCUGAUAUGUUUAUGGCAAAAGUAACAAACUAUAUGCUCUAUUUAUGACCCCUUAUGGUGUCUAUUACAUCUUCUGUUAUUUCUAUUAUGGACAGUAAAUAUUAAUUUUGAAUUUAAAGGGGUACCAUCCUGUGCCUUGAAACAGUAUAAAAUUUAAAGAUGUUUCCGCACAUCAUUUCUCCA